AUGGUCGAAAACCAGAUAUCGGUCGUUGCACGAUUGAGACCUGGAUGGGGAGGGAACCAGGAAUGGGUGAAGAAUGGAGAGAAAAAUAUCAUGAGGAGAAACGGCACAGAAAUCUACACAUUUGAUGAUGUAUUCGAUCACCUGUGCUCAAAUGAAGUGAUUUAUGAAAAAGUCAUGGCUGGUCUAGUAGAUGCAGCAUUAUCUGGUUACAACACUGCUGUAUGUGCAUAUGGGCAGUCUGGCGCAGCGUUGCAGGACGAAAACAAGCGCUUGCAACUGUUGGUCAAGGAUUUACAAAGUAAGCUAAACGAAAAAGCAGAAGAGAUUGUGAUUCUGCAGGGAACGGUGGAAAACCUCAAAAUAAAAAUGAAAGACAACAUGGACGCUGAGCAAGGAACUAGUGAAUCAGAAAAUGCCAUCGAUUUUGCUGAAAAGCGAAUUUUUGACUAUGCAUUGAAGACCACGCUGGACAACACAAAUUCGCUUCCCACUUGCCAACGGAUGUUCGCGGGGAGUUUUCCUUCACCAACAGUCACGACAAGAGCACCAGGAGCACCAGGGACGCCAAGGAGAUCAUCCAUGCGAACGUCAACAACUACGCCAUCAACAACGACGCCAACAACAACGCCACCGCCGCCACCGGCGAGAUGUGCUAUGGAAUGUCCGAAUAUCUACGAUCCCGACUGUAAUAACGCACCCAAUGUUGUAUGUCUAAGCGCGCAAAGAGCCAUGUACAUGGUGAUUCCCGAACAAGGAGGAUUGGAAUGCCGGGCAAUGGUGACCUGUGUUGAACAAACCAACGAAUACUACUACCUACCUAAUACAAGAGGAAUGGAUGGAUUUCGCGUGGUUCAAGAUGUCGUGUGCGUCUUAGUAAACAACAUGUUUCAAUGGCAGCUUAGAGAUAUGACGGAGAUUAGUGGAAUUGGAUGCCAAGCAAGACUUGGAUGAUGACCUUGAGACAAUGCUCACAUGGCGAAGGGGCUUCGUAAGUCUCAGAAUAGACGAGCUGAGAUUGCAUUAUCCGAAGCAAAUUCCUUUGAGAUCUCUAGUUGAUGUUCUGUAUCUUGAUACAUUAAGUGGAAUAAUGAAAAUAUAUCAAUCGACGAAUACCUUUUGGGCAUUUGUCGUAACAUGUGACUGUGAUUGUAGCCUUGACUUCACGUGGCCUUUUCCAAGAAAUUAGGCAGUUCAAGAACUUUAACUUUUGCAUCGUUUAAUUUUAUAUAUGGAGUAUAUAUAUACUAAAAACUAUUAUCAUG